UUUCUAUUUCUUUUAUUACAGACUUAUUUUACUGCUUACACUCUGUAUAACGUUGUUUUACAAAGUUAUCUAACAUAAACUAUUGCAUUAAAAUCAAAGUUAGGCGUAAUGUUCUGAAGUUAUUGAAUAAACCAUGAACGGUCGAAGUAUUCAACCCAGUGGCUCGGAAAGCGACCACCUUCCAACUGACAAUCGUAAUGGUAGUGACAUCAUUGCAGUGAAUGAAGGGCAGUGGAAAGAUUGGACAAGCACUUGGCGGAAAGCAGGUUCUGCAAAACCAACUAGACAUGUUACUAUGACGGGAACUAUUACCAGAGGUAAAAAGCGAGGAGAAUCUGUAGACGUCGAACUUGAUCUCACGGAUCAUGAACUCAUGCAGAUGAGCUUAUCACGUGAUCAUCUUAACUCACCAAAUCGUGAUGCACGUGAUGUGGAUGAGCCUGUAGGUGACGGAUGCAGAUGUGGAAUUGAUGCAGGUCCCCACAUUAUCUUGCUUGGGAUAUUGUGUUGGCCUUUCAUCUUCAUUGGUUCGUUCUUUGUGUGUUUUUACUUCGGACUUCUCACAUGGUACAACAUCUUCUCUUAUUUCUAUGACGAACGGACAUUAUGUCACCGUAUCACUCUGUGUCCAUUGCUGGUUCUGUUUUUCCCCGGUCUCAUAAUGGUCUUCACCACUUCAAUCUCAUUUUAUGCAGCGUUCGCUCAGUUGACGUGUUCAUUCGAAGAUUGGAAAAGUGAAGUUGGGAGUUUUGAGAAAGGCUUCUAUGGCUGGUUGUGUAGCUGGCUUGAUAUUGAAUCUUGUUCUCCAUAUAUAGUCAUCACACUUACUGAAUCUGAGAGUCCUGUGUUCCAAGACACACCGGAAUCCAACAGAUCUGACAUUCAGCAGAACGAACAGAAUGUGGCAACCGUUGAGCAGCGAGCACGCAAUACAAACCAACACCAAGUUGAAGUUCACAAUCCUAGAUCAGUGUUGCCAGAAGAAAACCGAAGCACAGUUCGUACAUACAGAAUGGAUGGCAGAGGAAGGCAAUCUGAUCACACUGAGAGUAGCAUGUAAAUGAAAUCUUUUAUUCAAAUGUUUAUAUUUUGUUGCUUUGUUUAGAUUUUUUUGCAUCACACAAGUCUUACUCUUUUAAUCAUGUCAUAUAUUAAAUAUUGAAAUUAUAUAAUCAGUGUUUUUAUCAAACAAAUUUGCUAUAAUUAACAAAACUAAAUUUUAGUGCAAUCAUAUGUGACAAUACUUUUACAUUCUGGUCUGUUACUGUGCACUAAAAGUAAUAACUCCUUAGUCCUUUCUAUUAUUUUUGUAUAAAUGUUUUGAAAUUUUUUGCCACUACAUUUUUUAAUAUCAUUUGUGCCAUUCUUUUUCCUGAACUUUUUUUCACCUUUUUUCUGUCUUUUGUAUCAUGCUUCAUACAACACCAGUUAAACAAUAAAUUAAUGUGCGGAAAA